AUGAACAAUACUUUUAAGUUAAAUAAGAAACGAAAAACAGUAUACGAGUCAUAUAAUAUAAAUAUAUCAAAUAAAAAACGAUACAUGUGUAAUGAUAAUAAAAUGGAUAAUGAUAAUAAUGAUAUGAAUGAAAAAAAAUAUUUUAAGAAUUCGUCUUCAAUAAAAAAUAGAGGAAAUUAUAAUAAAAAUGAUGAUAAAUCAUAUGAUAUGUAUGAAAGAAGAAGUAUGAUAGAUAGAGAAGAGAAUGCAUCGAGUAAUAAUUAUAAAAAUAAAUAUAAAAAUAAAAAUAAUAAUAGUAGUAGUAAUUUUAAAAAUGAUGAUAUGCAUAAAAAUAAUAUAAACCAUAUGGAUAGUAGAAAAAAUACUUAUUAUUAUCAUAAAGGAAAUUUAGAUGGAAGAAAAGAACAUUUAGGCAAUAAAAGUUAUGAAACAAAAAAUAAUAAUGAUAAUUCAUAUAAUAUAAAAAAAUAUAAUUAUAAUAUAGCUAAAAAUAAAUAUAAUAAUAGUGAUAGACAUAAUAUAGAUAAUAAGUUAUAUAAAUUUUUUGAUGAUAAAAGUGAGAAAAAAAAUAACAACACACAUACUUAUGGUAACAAGAAUAAUAAUGAAUUUAAUACAUUCAAUGAUAAUAAACAAAAUAAUUUGUCUUAUCAAUCUAAUAAUAUAACACAAGUUGUUCAUCCCACAUAUAAUAAUAAUAGUAAUGAUGAUGAUGGUGGUGGAAUAAAAAAUAGAAAAGAUAUUUCAUUAUCAACAUAUGGAUAUAAUAACAUAAAUAAUAAUAAUUUAUUAAAUGAUAAUACAUCUUAUAUAAACCAGUAUAAUAAUAAUAAUAAUAAUAAUAAUAAUAAAAAUAAUAAUAACGAUGGAGGGAACCGAUUUGUAAACAACAGACAACAUAAUAAUAAUUUCAAUUAUAACUAUAAAAAUGUUAAAGCAUAUAAGGAUAAAUAUAAAAACGGAGAUUCAUUUAAAUCUUCUGUUUAUAAUGCAGAACAACGUGAUAAUAGGGAUAAUAAUUAUUAUCAAGAGGGUCAUAAACAUAAUGUGAGGCAUAAUAUAAAAGCUGAUACAUCUAAUAAUUUUAAUGGUCACAAAAAUUUUGGAAGUUUUAGAAAUAAGCAGCAAAUGAAAGACAAAAAAAAAUUCUUUAAAAAUAAUGAAAGGGGCACUUCAAUUAAUCGUCACAGCAUGCACAAUAAUAAUAUUAAUAAUAAUAAUAUUAAUAGUAGUAGUAAUUAUAAUUAUAAUUAUAAUUGUGAUUAUAAUAAUUAUUAUGAUGGUGAGGAAGAGAGAAAUAAUAAAAGUCAAAACCGGGGUGAUAGAAAUUCAGAUGAAAUAUUCGAAAAAGAUAGUGUUAUAAGUUUAUAUGAUUCAAAUGACAAUUCAAACAUGAUAGAAAAAAUGGAUUAUAAAAAUGAAGAGAAAGACAAAAACAAAAUAAAAAUAUUAUUAACAGAAGAUAAUAUGAACAACGCACAAAGUAAUAUAGAAAAGUUGUCUAUAUAUAAAUCAAGAAAUGAAAUAAUAGAAAUGAUUGAAAAAAACGAUGUAACAUUUAUAAAUGGAGAAACAGGGUCAGGUAAAUCUACUUGUGUUCCUAAAUUUUUAUUAGAAGAAAAUAUUUUAGAAAAUAAAAAAAUUAAUAUUAUAGUAACAGAACCUAGAAGAAUAGCAUGUAUAGCAUUAUCUAAAAUAUUAUGUGAAUUAACAAAUGAACAAUUAGGAGAAAAAAUCGGUUAUAGAAUAUCUGGAGAAUCAUUAUAUGAUAAUGAAAAAACUGUUAUAACAUAUAUAACUAUUGGAUAUUUAUUUAAAUUAUUUUUACAUCAUAAAAAUAUGUAUAAAAAAUUUACACAUGUUAUAAUAGACGAAAUACAUGAUAGAAGUAUAUUAUUAGAUAUUGUGUUGUUGUUUAUAAAAUUAUAUUUGCAUAAUAAACAGAAAGAUGAACAGAUGUUUAAAUUAAUUAUUAUGUCUGCAACUAUGCAGAGUAAUUUAUUUUAUUCUUAUUUUGAGCACCCAAAUAUUAAAAUGGGUUCUAUAUUUAUAGGUACCAAAAUUUAUAGUAUUGAUACAUUUUAUAUAGAGGAUAUAAUAAAUUACACAAGAUAUGGUACUAGAAAAAUAUAUAGUGACAAUAAAAUAUGUGAUGACAAUAAAAUAGGUGGUGACGAUAAAAUUUUUGGUGACGAUAAAAUUUGUGGUGAUGGUAAUAAUAAUUAUGUUAAAGAAAGUGUUAUCGAAUUCAUUCUUAGAAAAAAAAAUUGUAAUAAAAUAAAUUUAUCAAGAAAUUCAGAAAUGUUGUUAUAUAAAAUAAAGAGUGAAUACGAUAAAAAUAUACAUAUGUUUAAUAAUAAUAAUAAUAAUAAACAUUGUAAUGAUAAAAAUAAGGACUUGGAUGUAGAUGAGAUAAUCCCAGCAAAUGUAUUUUCUAAUAUAUCUAAUCUUUGUUUAGAACUUGUUUAUAAUUUAUGUUUGAAAGGAGACAGUGUUAUAAUAUUUCUAUCAGGCAUGCAGGAUAUAACAGAUAUGUAUCAUCAAUUGAGUAUGAUAAUAAAUAAUGGAAUGGGCAAUCCAUCCAACAAUAAUGUGGAAAAUAUGAAUAAUAUGAAUAAUAUGAAUAGUGAGGAUAAUAUGAAUAAUAUGAAUAAUAUGGAUAGUAUGAAUAAUAUGGAUAAUUCUUUUAUGUAUCAUCGUAAGGAUGUAAGAAUACACAUUCAUAUGUUACACAGCUGUUUGUAUGAUAAUACGAUUCACAAAAUAAAACACAAUGACACUGACAUUAAUAUCUUUUUAUCUUCCAAUAUAGCUGAGAGUUCAAUUACCAUACCUAAUGUUAGAUUAGUUAUUGAUUUUUGUAUUCAAAAAAAUAUUGAAUAUAAUGAUAAAAAAAAAGCACAUAUAUUAGUUAAGAAAUGGAUAAACAAAUCUUCUAUGGAACAGAGAAAAGGUAGAUGUGGAAGAACAUGUCAUGGUAUUUGUAUCAGAAUGAUAAGUAAGAAUUUUUUGAAUCUUUUAAGAGAUCAUAAAAUAUCUGAAAUAUAUACACAUAGUUUACAUUUAUUAUAUUUAUAUAUUUUAAAAAGUAUGCCUGUUUUAAACAGUUUAAUUAAUAAAAGAAAUGAAACACUUGGAUGUCAAAAUAGAAAUGUAGAUAAUCUAAAUGAUGUAAAAGUUCAAAAUAAAUUAAUUUCUAAUUAUGAAACAUCAGAAAAAAAUAUAUCACAUGUAGAAAAUAAAAAAUUAUCUAUAUAUGAUGUAUUAAGUAUGAUUAUUGAGAAACCAUCUAGACAAAAAAUAAAAAGUACAAGGUAUGAACUUGAAAAGGUAAAAGCUGUCAUAAAAAUAAAAGAUAAAUUAUUUAUAUCUAUUAUUGGUCAAAUAAUGAUUCGUUUUAAUUUGAGCAUAAAUUUAUGUAGACUUCUAUUAUAUGGUGUUCUCUUAGAUGUAACAUUUGAUACAAUAAUUAUCAUAAGUAUAUUAAAUACAAAUGAUAUUUUUCCUAAUAUUAAUUUAUAUUCAUCAAAGAAUAUUUAUUCUUAUGCUGUAUCUUUAGAAGUUUCUUCUAAACAAAAAUCUUAUUUUGAUGGGAACACAUAUUCAGAACCCAUCAUGCUAAGAAAUGUGUUCUUAGAAUGGUUGUGUGUAUUUUUAUUAUAUGUCCAAGGUUUAAAAAAAGAAAAUAAAUUCAAUAGAAAAGAAUUAAAAACAUAUUAUAUGAAUACAUGUUCUAUUAUGAAUAAGAGAAAUCAUAUUAAUGCAAAAAAACUUUUGUGUGUUAUAAAUAGUGUACACAAUUUAUGUAAGAAAAUCUUAAAAAUAUUAAAUAAAAAUAGUAACGCAUAUGAAUCAUGUCUAUAUUUAUUAUAUCUCUUACGAGGAGCAUCAGAUAUAAAUUAUAAUAAUGCAAAUACAAACAUUAAUGAUACUACAAAGGUUAUUAUUAAUAAUGUUGUUACGAUGGGUGAUACACAUAUGGAUGAAAUUAAUGGAAUGAAUGUAUUUAAUAUUGUAACAAAAUAUUGUCUUUUUGAUUAUUCUAAUCAAAAUUUAUAUUUGAAAUUUUUAUUUAGUUUAUCAUUUACUCCUUUGUUUAUACACGGAUCACCAAAUUUGCCUUUAAGAGAUUUAAAUGAAGGCAAGAAGAAAAGUAAAAAAUUAAUGACGGUAUUAAAUUUUAUGAUUGAUAAUAAAUUAGAUGUAAAGAAUUGUAUAUAUUUUAGUGGUAUAUAUAUUCCAGAUAUAAAUAUAUUAAAAAGAGCAAUAUGUAUCAUGUGUCCAUAUUUGUCAUUUGAUAUAUAUGUGAGUAAAAAUAUAUAUUAUGUAUAUUUUCAUAAUAAUAAUAAUAAUAGAAAUGUUGAUGAUUUUAGUUUUUAUAAUAAGAGUAUAUGUGAUAGGACAGAUAUAGAUAUGACAGUUAAUGCAUAUAUUAAUCUAACACAACAGGGUCAUGAUACUAAUGGAAUUACAUCAUUAGGAUUACCACCACUUAUGAAUAAUAUUAAUAUGUAUGGUAGUAAUAAUAAUAUUAAUAUGUAUGGUAAUAAUUAUAUUAAUAUGUAUUGCCCAUACAAUGGAAUGAUCAGUUAUAAUAAUAACAAUGUUAUGAAUUCACAGAAUAAUUAUAUGAUGAAAAUGAUAAUGUCAAAUUAUUAUUCUGAAUCCUUUUUAAAUUUAACUAGUGGGAAAAAUUAUCCAGAUAUUAUAGAAAAAAUAAAAAGUAAAUUAUUAUAUAAAUAUAAUAAUAAUGUUGAAAAAUGUAUUUUUAAUAAUUUAUAUAAUAAUAUUCUUAAUUUAAUACAACCAGUUAAUGCAAUCGUACCUGUGUAUUCUAAUAAGUAUGAUGAAAUUAAUAAUGCAUCUAUAUGUACAAAUUUUAUAAACAUGUUUUCAAAUGGCAAAUGGACAUUCUCCAUUCCAUUAUUUAAUCCUAAUAAAAGGAAAUGUGAAAUAAGUGAAUAUUUUAAUCAUAAAUAUGAACUGAAAAAACCAAAGCAUUUAUUUCUAGCUAAGUGGACCUUUUUAAAUACAGAUAAUUAUAAAAUAAAAAAAAAUAAAAAACAAACAGAAAAUUUAAUAGAUACUAAUAAUGGUCUUACUAUAAAUGAUAAUAAUAAUAAUAAUAAUAAUAAUAUCAACAACAAAAAUAUUAAUAAGGAUAAUAUAAAUGAUUAUUCUUUAAAUGACCAGGAGGAUGAACCCUACAAAAGGGGAUAUUAUUAUGAUGAUAAUGAUGAUAAUGAUGAUAAUGAUAAUGAUAAUGAUGAUAAUGAUGAUAAUGAUAAUUGUGAUAAUGAUAAUUGUGAUGAUAAUUAUUUAAGUAAUUCCAAAAUCGAUAGUGAUAAUAAUACUCAUAAGAAUAAUCAUGAUGAGUAUGAUGGUAAUGAUUCCAGUUCUAUAUGUAGUGAUCAGAAUAAAAAAUCGAAACAAAAAAAAAUGAAAUGUAAUUUAAAUUUCAGAUCAGUACUUGGAUUUUUAUCUAUAUGUCCAUUUAAUUUUGAUAUACAAAGAAAUAUAUAUGAUAAACAAACUACAGAUAUAUUUGCUGUAUGUUCAAGUAUUGAUUAUAGUUAUACUAAUGAUACAUAUACAUGGGUAAAUUAUGUUACUGUCCUUCCAAAUAAAUAUUUUCUAACUUUUUUCUUAUCAUCUAUUCCUUAUCAUGAUAAUGUUAUUAUUCAAACAAGAACAAAUUUAUAUAACUCUGAUAUAUUAUCCAUAAAAAUAUUUGAUUCAAAAGAAAUUAUUUUAAAAAAUAUGAAAAAAAUUAAACAUAAAAAUAAAACAAAUACAACCAAUUAUUAUGAUACAGAUUCGACAAUCAAUAAUCCAAAUAUUACUAAGCAUGAUUUAUUGAGAAUAAAUUAUUUUCGUUAUACCAUUUCAAAAUUAUUGUUAUCAUUAACGUUGUCAUUUAAUCGUCAAGAAAUUGAACAGAAUAUGCAGGAUCUUAAAGUAAGUGAUAAGAGUAAAAGGAAAAGUGUGAUGCUUGAUAAGGUCAAACCAAAUAACUACAACAGUGUUGAUGGGUGUGAAAAAAAUGUUAAUGGUAUUAAUAGUGAUGUUAAUAAUAAUCAUAAUGAUGUUAAUAAUAAUCAUAAUGACGUUAAUGGUAAUCAUAAUGAUGUUAAUGGUAUUAAUAGUAAUGUUAAUAGUAAUAAUAGUGAGGGUAACCAAAAAGACAAUUGUGAUGAUGAAGAGGAGGAAUAUUUUAGUGACGAAGAUAUAAUGAGUGAUAUAGAAGAAAAUAAUAUUUUAAAGGAAAAUUUAUAUUUAAAACAAAUAGUUAUAAAUAUGAUAGAAGAAAAUAAUAUGGAUUAUAUAAAUUAUAAUAAAUAUAAUAUGGAUAAUAUAGAUAUGGAUGAACAUUUUAAUUUACAAUAUUUAUAUGAAGAUGAAAAUUUUAUAAAUCUAAAUGAAAAAUGGAAUAAUAACAAAGGAGAAAUUUUAAUGAGUACAUAUGAUUAUUUAUAUAACACUUUAAAAAAUGAAAAUGAUUAUAAUCAAUAUAAUAAUAAUUAUAAUAAUAAUAAUUAUUAUAAUAAUAGUAACAGUUCAUUUAUGGUUAAAAAUAUAAAAGAAAAAGCUUUAAAUUCUUUAGAAGCUGUAAAAAAUAGUUAUUUAAAUAAUAAUUUUUCUAUACAAGUACAAAAUACAAUGAAUGCUUAUGAAAGAACUAAUUCUGAAGAUUUCAUUUUCUUUCAACCAAUAAAUAUUUCUCCAAUUAAAGAAGCAAAUUAUAAGUUAAGGUCAAUGUAUUACAAUGAGGUAGCACCCACCACAGACAAAUUUAGGAGAACAAAUAGACAAAUAUAA